AUGCGUCAAGUCAAUAAAAUGCAGUCCAGUAGCUUCGCCACUAUUAUUUUCAUGAUCACUAACCAAACGCUUGGCAAUGAAUUACCUCCAAUAAAGAUAAACAUUGUUACAAAACGGGUCGAUAAGAAUAUAGAAUACAGUCGAAACGUCAACACAAGUUUCAAAGCGGACAUUAUAAAUGAAAAUUACACAGUUGCUGUAUAUUCGAAAGACCCGUGCACACCCGUCACAAUUUCUGGAGAUGGUCUGAACGGUACUUACAAAUUCGUCCAAUUCCACUUCCAUUUCCCAUCGCAGCAUAGUGACAUUGAGGACAGUGACAGAUUUUUGGAAAUUUACAUUGUUUUUCUCAACACGAAAUAUAAAAAUGGCGAAGAAGGUUUCAAGCACUUCGACGGGCUUCUUUUGGUCCUCACAACAGCUCAAAUUACUAAAACCUGUAACCCCGUUUUUAACAAUUUGGUUGAUCGUAUUCCUGACAUUAGGAAGGAUAUUAACCACCUUAUUCCUUUGAAAAAAGACAUAAAUCUUUCUUAUUGGUUACCGAAAAUUAGCAAAGAUUGCUAUUAUGGAUCCGUAACAAAUGUAAAUAGGAAUGCGACAGCAAGUUUCGUAAAGUGCGUCAAACCUGUGUUUGACAUUUGUCAGGACCAAUUUGAUUCUGUGAGAAGUAUCGGAAUUGGUAGAAACAUUCACAGCGUGUAA